GAUGAUAUGCAUGCAAUAAAUAAUCUAAAACUGUUAUUGAUGUGUUAUUAACAUGUCGGUGCCGUACACAAAAUUAUUUUAACUGAUCUUUUAAUCAGUAUAAAACUUUAAAACUCGUGAUUUAAAUAAAGAAUAACGGAAUACCCGAUUUAUCUGCGUCAAAAUAAGAAUUUCCCAUAGUAUGUAAAAGAGGCUUGCGCGAUGCUGGGCAAUCUGUAUAUACCGGUAUUUCGUUCGACUGUACGUGACUGCAUGCUGCGUGACAGGGGUCUAUACUGUCGUCAGAUUAGAACUUUACCUAUAACCUAUACACUGGUUUACGUUGUCCUGGCAUAUUAAGUAGCGUUUAGUUCAAGGGAAGCCUCAAAGUGCAGAAAAGCAUGUAUAUUUCUGUCUUGCUUUAUGCAAAUUAUUGUAUGUAAUGGUGUCGGAUAUGGACUCAGUGUGAUGUACGCCGAACUUGUUGUUGUGUUUGACUCUAGCAGAGGUGAAGCUGUCUUGCUGCAAAGCCUCUUUAUGGGGUUUGCGUCAGCCAGUGGGAUACUGUUUACUGGUUUAAUACACAGGUUCGGGCCCGGAGCUUGCAUUAUCUUGGGCGGUCUUACGGGCUGUGCUGGUUUGUUUGUCAGUGCUUUUACUGGUGAACUCAGCCUUAUUAUCAUUUGUACUGGAGUUGUAGCAGGUACUGCUUUCAGUAUUUGCCAGUUGGCUGCGUUCGUAACAGUCGGUUGGACAUUUUCGGGUUCAACAAGCUUUUUCCUUAUUUGUUUAAUGGCCGGUAUAAGUGUAGGCCAGCUUAUUUACCCUCUUCUGUUCGAGACUUUCAUUUCACAAUAUACGUGGUCAGGUGCUUUCGUCCUUGUUGCGGGGGUUUCAAUGCAAACUAUCCCUUGCGGACUUAUUGUAUAUUUUUCCGGUGAAUAUUUGUCAAAGGGAACGGAGCAAUCUCAAGGAAAAGGCCAUUCGUAUUGUGAUGUGACAAUGUUGAAGGACCUUGUUAUGUGGAUAUUUUGGGUGAAUUUUAUACUCAUCGCCAUGGCAGUAGAUGUUGAGGCGUGGUUUAUUGUUGACCACAUGGUGACACGUGGCUUUACACGUGAGGUUGGAUCUAUUCUUGUUUCUAUGAUCGGAAUUGGUAGUUUUAUGGGACGGCUAUGUGGGGCUCUACUCCGACUCAAAUGCAAGUACCCGUCUUUUUAUCACUGGACCUAUUUUUACUUGAUAAUAGCCGUUAUGCAUGUGAUAAUAUUGAACUUAAACGACUUCCGGUCGCUGGUUGCCGCGUGUAUUGUGUAUGGAAUGACGUUUGCAACGGCUACUUCCCAGAUUCCAGGAAUAAUGUUCGAGGCCGUUGGUCCGGAGAGAUACCCUCAGGCUAUGGCGAUAGCAAACGUAGUGUUAGGACUUGGUGAUAUGUUGGGCGCAUUAUACGGCGGUAAGCUUUAGGUGUU